AUGGCUUUGGAAAGGACGGGCCAUCAUACUUUGGAAAGCUUGCAAGAAUACCAGACACUGGAGGUAAACGAUACAAAACGUGUGUCCAAUGUUCUAAGUUCGUGUGCUAACAAUUCUGAGGUUUGUGAGAAACAGGAAACGCAUGUGUCCACUAAAAAUAGUUUGGAAGAGAAGAGUUCUGAAAUAAUGUUUGCUGAGUGUGAUGUAAGCGAAAUUGUACUGACUCAGGCUAUGGAGUGUUACGACAGUAAUUUAGAAGGUCAAGCACAAAGUUCUUCAGGCAUUAACUUUAAUUUGAAUGG